CAACGCUAGCAAAACCGCAACGCUUGUUCUCUCCUCAGAAAAAAAAAUAAUAAUACAACUGCGGUAUUGAUAAAGGACCUCGAUCAAUAUUCCUGAUCGAGAAUGGCCAGCACUAUUAAGGAAGCGUUGUCGGUGGUGAGUGAGGACCAGUCACUGUUCGACUGCGGCUACGGAGUGCCGCACCUGCCCAAGCCCGAGAUGACGGCGUCCUCAGCCAGCGAGUACGGGCAGACGGUGAAGCUGAGCCCCCGGGUCCAGCAGCCCGAUUGGCUGUCCCAGCCGGCCGCCCGCAUCAAGAUGGAGUGCACUGCUGGCCAGGUGAACGGCUCCAGGAACUCUCCAGAUAACUCCAACGUGACGAAGGCCGGGAGGCUUUCCGGUGGAGCUGACGGUGUUGCCAUGAACUACGGCAGCUACAUGGAGGAGAAGCAGGCCCCUCCCCCCAACACGACCACCAGUGAGCGCAGAGUCAUCGUCCCCGCAGACCCCGCCCUCUGGACGACGAGUCACGUGCGGCAGUGGCUGGAGUGGGCCGUCAAGGAGUACAGCCUGCUGGACGUGGACGUCUCCGCCUUCCACAACGUCGACGGCAAGGAGCUCUGCAAGAUGAGCAAGGAGGACUUCCUGAGGCUGACGCCCUCCUACACCGCUGACAUCCUCCUGUCCCACCUGCACUACCUCCGAGAGGCUCCCCUUCCUCAUUUGACUUCAGAUGAUGUUGACAAAGCCUUAGAAAACUCCCCGCGGUUAAUGCAUGCCCGCAACACAGGUGGCGCGGGGUUCAUUUUUCCCAACGCCCCUCUGUACUCCGAUGCGUCUCCCAGAGUCAACGCUAGAUCAGACAUAGCCUAUGAGGCCGCAAGAAGGUCUGGAUGGGCACCGCAAGCAGUGUCUUCCUCCAAAGGUUCCCAGCCUUCUUCUGCUGCAGUGACCAAAACUGAGGAGCAGAGGCCACAGCUUGAUCCCUACCAAAUCCUGGGACCGACCAGCAGCAGACUUGCAAAUCCAGGCUCGGGUCAGAUCCAGCUGUGGCAGUUCCUGCUGGAGCUGCUGUCGGACAGCGGCAACGCCGGCUGCAUCACCUGGGAGGGCACCAACGGCGAGUUCAAGAUGACGGACCCGGACGAGGUGGCGCGGCGCUGGGGCGAGCGCAAGAGCAAGCCCAACAUGAACUACGACAAGCUGAGCCGCGCCCUGCGCUACUACUACGACAAGAACAUCAUGACCAAGGUGCACGGCAAGCGCUACGCCUACAAGUUCGACUUCCACGGCAUCGCCCAGGCGCUGCAGCCCCACCCCCCGGACUCCUCCGUGUAUAAGUACCCCUCGGACCUGUCCUACGUCAGCUCCUACCACCCGCACCAGCAGAAGAUUAACUUUGUGGCCCCGCACCCCCCUCCACCUCUGCCCGUAAACUCCUCCGGCUUCUUCCCCGCACCCAACCCCUACUGGGGCUCCCCCCCGGGGGGUGUGUACCCCAGCUCCCGACACCCCACCACCCACGUGCCCCCUCAUUUGGGCACAUACUAUUAGACCGGGGUUUUGGGGGGUGCUGUCUCUUGCUGAAAUGGAACAAAAGGGAAACAAACAACCAACAGCCAAAAAGGGGGGCAUAGGUCUGGGCAAAAACAGGGGUACAAAUGAAGGGAGACAGGAAGGGAUGGUUAUGGAGGAAUAAGGGACCGAGCAGGUGUUAGGGGCGGUUUUAGGGUAUGGAUUUGGGAAGGGAUAAAAGGAUGAUAGAAUGUGAGCAGGUUAACCUGCUGAUGACUGAUGGAGAAAUGUGCAGGUCAAAGAAGGUCAUGUCGGUCAGAGCUGAUUAUGUGGGGGGUGCCAGUGGGCUGAGCUGACAGUCAGCCAGAGAGAGUCAGUGAGAAAUGUACGGCCAUGCCAUCUUAUGUAAAUGUAAACUUUCUCCUUAAGAGAGCAGCGGACUUGCUACAGGAAGUUAAUUAGAGCUGCGCAGAGAGUUCCUAUUACAUGUAAACAUUAAAGUGUUAAGCAUAUGAUAAACUGUAAUGGAAGGGGAAAGAUUGGGAGAAGGCGCAGUUAGCAGCGAAGCCGUGGAGUGGAACAGUAAUGUGUGAAUGCGUGAGGAGGGUGGAGGGCAGAACAGCAGCUGAAAACUGUGAAACAAACUCCGGCGGCGCUGGUCUUAUCGUGAACAGCGCUAGACAGGCAAGCUGAGAGAGACAAGCAGCGAGAGGUGGCAUAGGGGCCAGCUGAAAGGACAAGAAAGAUUCACAUUGUAGAGGAGAGAGACUCUGGAUGACACUGAAAUACUAA